GGGCCCUUAUUGGCCCCUGAAGCGUGGAGGAGGGACCUAGAGCCUGUCAUUGAAGGACGGACGGAGGGAGAGAGAAAGAAAGAGAGUUUGCUGGAGCUGCAGGUAAACGGAUGUCAUCAAACACUGAUGACUAAUGAGCAGAUUCCUUGAUUACUGGAGCUUCUCUUCUGAUCGGCUGCGCGCGCGCGUGUGAGUGAGGGUGUGCGCGCGUGAGGAACACUCUCCGCUUGACGAGGACCCGCGUUUGCACACCAGCAACUUCCAACAGUCUUUUUUUUCAGCAUCCAAGAUGAAGCCCAACAAAAGAGCUUUUGAGGAGGACCAGAACGGAGACACUGAGUUUUCUGCCAUGUCAGACAGCGACCCGUGUGAAGACGACAGUUACCCUCUCAACCUGUCCACCAGCGGCAGAAGAAGCGGGUCCGCAGCCAAACGGCGCCGCAGAGGAAACCUCCCCAAAGAAUCUGUUCAGGUUCUGAGGGAAUGGCUUUAUGAGCAUCGCUUCAAUGCUUAUCCAUCAGAGCAGGAGAAGCUGAGCCUGUCUGAACAGACACAUCUCUCUGUGUCACAGAUCUGUAACUGGUUCAUAAAUGCCCGGCGGAGGCUCCUGCCAGACCUGCUCAGGAAAGACGGCAAAGACCCCACUCAGUUUACAAUGUCACGGCGCACUAGCAAACCAGACAGAUCUGCCUCCCCGGAAUGCCCCACCUCUUCGGCCCGCCCCUCUGUUAUUUGCCCUGCCCCCACUUUGGAUUUGAGGCUGUUGGGUAACACUGCAACGGCAAUUUUGGCCGGAGCCGGCUGCUUGCCAUCAUCAGGAAACCAAGAUGGUAUUCAGGCUCUGAUGCAGCUGGACACUCGAGGUCUGCUUAGACGGGAAGGUCUAACCGGAGACCAGUACCUGACGACCAUCCCACUAACUUCUACCUUUGUCCCAACCCUGGGAGCGGUGAGCCCGACUGGGCUCCUGUUCAACACACCUCCGCCUACCCCACCGGAGCUUUGCCCUCAAGAUUUCAGCGAUCUGAAGCUUCUGGUAGACGCGGCCCUGCAGCGAGCGGCCGAGCAAGAAAUCAGUCAGCAAAAAGAACAAACAAUGCAGCAGCAACCAAGCGAAAGUUCAAGAGCGAUCGUACAGAAUUGCAAUUCGGAGACUCCUUCAAGGGACGAAUCCAAUGUUGCACCGAGCUUAACGGAGAACGCAGUAUUGCAAGUGUCGCUUCCCGUCAUGAGCCAUGCUUUUCCAGGCCUUCCAGUUGAUCUAAGCAAAGCUGGUGUCUCUGAUGCGGAAUCUGGAAGCAUUGCGUCUUCUGGGAUGUGGAGCGUCCGACAACCUGGUCCUCCUGCGAAUGUGGUAUCACACACAUGGGUUUCGCAGUACACACGUAAUACGGAAGCGGUUAACUAAAAACUCUAGCAGACCAGCUCACGUUAGACUCCAUUUGUUUGCUAAUUUUUGUUAUAAAACACUUGAGCAGAUGGAAAACUGCCUCCCCAAAUGGUUGUCAUGGAUGUCACUUUGGGAGAUUCAGGAGUGAAGCUUCUCUACACCACAAUAUAUUUUAAAGCGUUUACCUUUUUAACUACAUGAAGUUUAUGGGCAUGCAUAAAGUGCUCUUUGAAAAAGAAUCCAGCAUUUCAGACUCUGGGAUCUUCAAGACCAGGUGGAGGUCCUUUCUGGCAAAAUAUUUCUAUGUGCAAACACCAGCAAACUUCAAGCCUUGCAACUCAGGUUUACAGCCAAGAGAUUUUCAUUUAAACAUUUGUUAUUGAAGUGGCCUUGCAUUGUUUUCGAUAAAGAAGCUCCACAUAUGGUUGCUCUUGCCUGUUAGCAUCAGUAUAUUCACAUAUAGCAUGUGUGCAUGCUUAACUUCUUUGAGAUCAGUGAAUGCAAAGACCAGCAUGCAUUGUAAAAAAGUUAUCAGAGAUUGGCAAUCAAAAUGCUUUCUUGGAUUAAAUACUUUGCUUCGAAUUUUCCUGAAAGCCACUGCUGACCAAGCCUCUACUUCAACAACUUUAGCUUUAAAAGUCUUUCCCAAUAGUGUUUGUAAGUUGUCAUAUCUCCUGCACUUUAUAGUCUCGUCGUUAUGCUAGGACCGUCUGUCUGGUCUUAGAGUAAGGUCAGAGUGCUCUCUAAUGUGCCAUGACGUAUGUCUGUCAUGAAAUGGAUCGUACUGCAGAGAAUCAUCCCUUACGUCUUGUGUCUGUCUGAGAUGUGGGAGGGAGGUCAUCUCAAAGACGGAGCCGGCAUUGAUUUUCUUCACUUCUCAUGAAACGUGAUCGUAGGGCUGUAACUUUCUUUUUUGCUGAAAAGAUUAUUGUUCUGACAGUAUUGUUGGGGUAAUGUAGAUUAUCAGCAUUAAUUAUUGUGAUUAGCAUGGAUGUGUUAGUGAGAAUAAGCAAAUUUAUUGGAAAGACUGAAACAUAUUUUUCUCUUUAUGCUAAGUGUUAUGCAUUUCCAACAUGAAUUUAAAGUCUGUUCGUACCUCUCUGAGAUAAACUCAAGUAGUGCUUUCUCUAUCAUAAUCUGUGAAUGUAUCUAGAGAACUAACAAAUAUUAUUUAGAAAUGACCGAAAAUUCGUUCCAGUGAUUUUAUGAGCUAUUACCUCUGUUUCUUUCUGUUUUUGGACACUAGAGAUCCUAGAUGCAUUAUGAUUUUAUGCUUGUAGUUUCAAUGAAACUGAGAAUGUGUACAGAUACAUCUUUCUAACCUCAUAGUAUUUUUAUAAAGCGGUUCACGUAAUUUCAAUUUCUCACAAACAUGCCAUAAUUCUGAUUAGUUUGCUAAGGGAAGUUCUCAUUGAGGUCAGUGCAAAGGUUAGAGUUCACGUUCUGUAGUACUUUACAUUUUUCAUGUUGUUUUUCAGUACAUCUCAGGUUUGUUUUCAUUUGACCUUUCCUUCAUUGGUUUGAGUUGUUUUAGUUUCCUUCUGACAUCACAAAGGGAGUUUUUAAUUCUAUUCUAGAAGGUGCCUCUUUUUUUAAGCCAUGUUUGAGCUGAUUAUGAGAAUCUGUCAUAUUGUAGCAUCACAAACUGUAUUACAGCUCUAAAUAACUAACACUUCAAAACCACUGUGACCAUUCGGUUAGUUACUGGAACAGUGAAAGGUACUGGAAGUAACUCUAUUUUUCAUAUAAUAUACUCUAUUUUUUCACCUAAGUCAGAAAGACCGAUAUUAAUAUUCCUGCGACUGUAUUAUUGAUGUUCUUAUUGCAAAAAGUCUUUUCUAGAUGUCAGUGUGAAACAUGUAAAUAUCAUUCAGGUUUUUGUCUGGUAUAGACCUGUUUUGAUUGUGUAUGCAUCAAAUAUGUGUAGCUCUCUCCUGUAUGACCAAAUACAUGGAUUUUUGUUUAAUGAUCUUGUGUGUGUAUGUAUAACUGAGGACAGUAAAACUGGCAUUUUUGCCUCACCUGCUUCCUUAGAAAACCACCUUUGGACUAGUCUGUGCAAUAUAUGCCUUAAGAUUUUAUUUGAUGUCCUUUUGUACAAGCAUUACAGAAAAAUAAAGCUUUGUUUUUCAUA